GUCUCUUAACAGGAUGUACAAAGAAUAGGGGCAAUGGCUAAGAAAAGGAAGGCAACGUAUGUAGGGAGUGGAAAGGAAAACUCUAAGCCACAGGUUGGUAAAGAUAUAUCAAAAUUGGCAUCGGCACAACGUGCGCGACGGGAAAGAGAACGAAACCUAAAGCAAAGCACUACUCAGCGAUCAGAACAACACCUGCUAUGGGAUACUAGGACACAACCUCUACACGAAAUAAAUAUCGGGGCUACCCGUGAUGAGCACUGUGCCAACAUUGGCAACAACCUCCAUAUUCGUGAGGAUACACAAAGGGCGAACACAAUUGCUCAGGCAAGGCAGAAGUCAAGUUAUGCAGAUAAGGGGAAAGGACUUCUCACCUAUGCUAUUGAAAAAGAUUCUUUGGUAUUAUUCCUGCACAAUGCUUUGUGUCUUUCCAAAAAGUCUGUUGUGUGGAUUAUUUGGAGUUUAAACAAAUUUGAAAUUAUGUGCCAUAAUUAUUGUUAUGAAGCAGGGGUUGGUGUUGCAGAUGGGAGAAACUGCAUGAGAGAGCUACGGAGGUUAGAGGACGAAGAUGGGUCUCUCACUGGUGUUGUGUCUGGUUUUGUAAUUGCUAUUGUAUACGAUUUGUUGAACGUGCAAUCACAUUACGUUUAG